AUGAAGCCAGCUACAGCAACAACAGGGUUUUUUCAAGAAAGGCCUACCCUUCGUAAUCAAUUUACUACGGAUUCUAACAUCUUACGCGCCUUGGACUACUUUUUGCCAAAAGCCGUGCUGGAACAUGCAACACAAGAGCUGGUCCCAUUUGGUGACAAAAUUAUUACACCAGAAGUUUUUGAGUGGAUGGAGGAUGCUGAAACAAAUCUGCCCUAUAUCGAGCAACAAGACUUGUGGGGUCACCCACGUAACAAGCUCAUCACAAGUGAAGGCUGGCGACGGCUUAAGGAAUUUGGCGUGCGUGAGGGCCUACUUGCUACGUUUUACGAUGGAGAGUACCCGCGCGAGUUUGCACGCAUUGUCGGUUUCGCCAAACACUACCUGUUUUCGCCAUCCUCAGCCAUGGUAACUUGUCCGUUUGCCAUGACGGACGGUUGUGCUCGUGUAUGUCAGCUUAUGGGCCCGUUUGAAGCGUCUGGUGACGAGUACUAUAAGAGAUUGUCUAGUCGAGACCCGGAAUAUUCAUGGACAUCCGGUCAGUGGAUGACGGAACGACCUGGUGGAUCAGACGUGUCUAAUACAGAGACAGUUGCCGAGACUGAUACACAGUCCGGGUCUAAACAGUACAAAUUGAGCGGGUUUAAGUGGUUUUCAAGUGCAACCGACUCGCAGGUGACUAUCACGCUUGCACGCAUUGGUGACGACAAGCGCUUGAGUUGCUUUUUAGUUCCUGUGACUGAGAAUGUGCGCUCCGGAAAAAUUGUCAUGAACAGACUCAAGCGCAAAUUUGGAACCAAGGCAUUACCGACAGCAGAGCUUGAACUACGUGAAGUGAACGGUGAGCUGAUUGGAGAUCGUGGACGUGGAGUUGUAGCCAUUGCUAAUGUGCUCAACAUUACACGUGUAUACAGCGCUGUUGGAUCAACUGGCAACAUGGCACGAGCGUUGAGCAUCGCACGUGAGUACUCUAGAGUGCGCAAGGUGUUUGGUCGAAAACUGUGCGAAAUUCCGAGUCACGUUAAGGGUCUUGCGGAGCAGACAAUUUUGUUACGUGGUUUGAACUUUUUGGGCUUUUACGCGUGCCAGUUGCUUGGUGCUGUAGAAGCUGGAAAAGCCAGUGUCUCAGAGCUGACUCUUGCACGUGUGGUUCCAGGCAUCGCUAAAGCCUACAAUUGCAAGCGUACAACUGGUGGAAUUUCCGAAUGUAUGGAAGCGUUAGGUGGUGUUGGAUAUCUUGAGUUUGACAUGGAAUUUAAUAUUGGCAAGUUGCUUCGCGACAACCAGGUCAAUACCAUUUGGGAGGGCACCACCAACGUGCUUUCAGAUGACUUUGUACGAUUUUUGAUGAACAACUCCAAAGGAGUAGCAGAUGCUCUUAGUGAUUUCUUCAACGAUCGGUUGGGGAAUAUUGAAGAUGUUCCAGAACAUGAGCGACAGCCAGAGGCAUCAGCACCUAGCCUUGUGAGUCCUAAUAAUACGAGCGGGUCUCAAUCGCAAGUUUUGGCAAAACUUAAGCGCCGAACUUCUGAUGAUCUUGCUUCAUGGUUUGCUAUGGUUGAUGGGUCGAGUGGCAAUGGAACUAUUGAUGUUUCAGCUGGAAUGCUGAGCCAGCAUGCACGCGAAUAUGUGUUCCAGCUCGCAGAGAUUCUCAUUUCAGUGCUACUGGUUUCCGAUGCCGCACGACAGGUAACUGGCGAUGUAGUAGGCGAUUCUGUAGCAUUAGAGGCUGCAACACGUUGGGUGCUCCGGGACCUGUCACGCUCGGCAUUUGAUCGAAGCAGCUUGUAUGUUGGGCCCGAUGAGCAGAUUAAUAAGUUGAUUGUGUAUGGCGAUGUUCGUGCCAAAUUGUAG